AGAAGCCGCCUUCUGUCCUCUCUCCCUUUCCCCAGAAGCAGCCGAGCGCGCCUUGUGUUGGCGCCUCUUCCCUGCUUGCCUUUUGCAGGGCAAAUGAGAGCACUCGCCCUGCACUCUUUCGCUGGUCGCCCAGCAGCGGCAACCUCAACAAGCAGGUGGAGUCCAAGUUGGUCACCUGCUGUGAACCACCAGCACGCCGCCAAGCAGCUUGAUUUGACCUCUGCGAGGUUUGUUGGCACCGCCAGAGGAAGGGGGCGGGGGCGUGGGUCAUCCCGCAAUUUAUUGACUCUCCAGAGUGGGAGAGAAAAUCACUUUGAGGCUCGCUGACGAGCCACAUGGGACAGCGGGGCACGCGCUCCCACAAUGCCCCACGACCAAUCCUAGCCGGUGACAAAUAUAUAUGUGGGUUGGGGGAGCUCUGCUUGCGAGUUGCCUUUGAUUGCCAGCCGGCGCCCUCCUACCUGCCCGCCUUUGUUUUCGAUUUCCAAAGCUCGACCAAGCGCGGGGCUGCUGCUGCUGCGGCUACCUGGGCAAUUGAUUUGGAGAGCAGCGAUGGCAUUGACCGGGCAGGAGGAAUAUACCUAUCUAUAUAAAGACCUCUCUCAUCCUGUGGAGUUCUUAGAUGCCUUCAGAACAUUCUACCUGGAUGGUUUAUUUACUGAUAUUACUCUUCAGUGUGCUUCAGGCAUGAUUUUCCAUUGCCAUAAGGCUGUGCUGGCUGCUUGUAGCAACUAUUUUAAGGCUAUGUUCACUUCUGACAUGAAAGAAAAGUCUAAGAACCAGAUCAAGCUUUCCGGGCUCAGUCCCACUACUCUGGAAUCCCUUGUGGUUUAUACAUACACAUCAGAGAUUCAGAUAACAAAAAGAAACGUUCAAAGCCUCCUCCAAGCUGCAGACCUCCUCCAGUUUACCUCAGUAAAGAAAGCCUGUGAACAGUUUUUGAUAAGGCACUUGGACAUUGACAACUGCCUGGGGAUGCACUCCUUUGCAGAAUACCAUGUCUGUUCAGAGCUAGAGAAGGAAUCUAGAAGGAUAUUGCUAUCUCAAUUUGAAGAAGUGUGCAGGCAGGAAGAGUUUCUGGAAAUCAGUGGUGAGAAACUUCAGCUCAUUCUCUCCAGAAAGAAUCUCAGCCUUUGGAAAAAAGAUGCCGUGAUAGAGCCAAUUAUUAAGUGGAUAUCUUAUGAUGUGGACAAAAGAACUGAGUACAUUUAUGAUCUGCUGAGCUGUCUGGAAAUGGCUUUAGACAAAAUGUAUUUGAGGUCAGCCUUAAGCUUGCACAAGAAAUGCCGGUUAAAUGAAAACAAGAUUAGGUCUCUAAUACACAAUGCCCUGAGCCAUAACCCCAAAGCAGCCUCUGCAAGGUCGACAGCUGUUAUGUACGUGAUUGGAGGAUAUUAUUGGCAUCCUUUAUCAGAGGUGCAUAUAUGGGAUCCUAUCGCCAAUACCUGGAUCCAGGGUGCAGAUAUGCCAGACCAUGCGAGGGAAAGUUAUGCAGUCACUAGUUUGGGACCCAAUAUUUAUGUCACAGGGGGUUAUAGAACAGACAAUAUAGAAGCCCUUGAUGUAGUGUGGAUCUACAACUGUGAAGCUGAUGAAUGGACUGAAGGCUGCCCUAUGCUGAAUGCAAGGUACUAUCACUGUGCGGUUACCUUGAAUGGCUGCAUCUAUGCUUUAGGGGGUUACAGAAAAGGAGCUCCAACUGAAGAAGCAGAAUUUUACGAUCCUUUAAAAAAUAAAUGGAUCCCCAUUGCAGACAUGAUCAAAGGAGUUGGAAAUGCCACUGCCUGCGUCCUGAAUGAAAUCAUCUAUGUCAUCGGAGGUCACUAUGGUUACCGGGGAAGCUGCACUUACGACAAAGUUCAGAGUUAUCACUUGGACAUUAAUGAAUGGAGCACAGUCACCACUAGCCCGCAUCCAGAGUAUGGAUUGUGUUCCAUCGCACUGGAAAACAAGCUCUAUCUUGUGGGUGGACAAACCACAAUUACAGAUUGUUAUGAUCCAGAGAAAAAGGAAUGGAAACAGAAGGCCGAUAUGAUGGAAAGAAGGAUGGAGUGUGGAUCUGUCGUGAUGAAUGGUUUCAUCUACAUAACAGGAGGUUAUUCUUCUUCUAAAGGAUCGUAUUUGCAAAAUAUUGAGAAAUAUGAUCCUGAAUGUGAUAAAUGGGAAAUUGUGGGCAAUCUUCCCAGCGCGAUGCGUUCACAUGGUUGUGUCUGUGUGUACAAUGUGUAAGACAGAAUACCACUUUUGUGAUAAGAAACUGCUAAAUGCUAUGGAAAUCUAGAACUGGAAGAAGACCACCUAAUGGUGCAGUUUUGCAUGGACUUUUCUAAUGGAUCCACAUGGUUAUCAGCAAUUGUGGACUCCUAAAUUUUGUGGGUUGUAUCCUGUCAUUCCACUUAGAUAAGCCCAAUAGGUAUAUGUACUACAUAUGAUUUUAAAAUGCUUUUACUAGGAUACCCUUAUAUUUAAAUGCAACAUAAUAGAAUGCAUCUCCCUUAUUAUAGGGCCAUGGGAAGUAAGACAGAUACAUGACCUUGGUCCUGAUGAGGUGAAGAUUUCUGUUCCUACUGUGCAUAAAUCACCUGCUCCAGACAAAACAUGGAAGAUAAAUAUAUUUGCAUGGUUUGGCCAUUUCCAGAUGAAUGCGUUUCAUAUUUGUAAAUCAUUUUGCAGAUCACUUUUGUAUUCCACAUUUAGAAAUUAUUCAUUUUGGUUUUUCCUUAACGGUUGAAGCAAACUGUGAUACAGGCCUCAAGAUAAGUUAUUAACGUAUUGUUAUUUAAUUUGGCCUGCUUAACUCUAAAAUAAAGGAUUUUAUCUAA